UCCAAAGUUGGUGCAGGUUUCAUCCAUCAAAAAGCUCAAGCAUUCGAAGGUCUUCAGCCAUUUUCCCUCCUUGUCACCGUGACGGUCGACAACCAAUGCACAAAUGACCGAUUUCCCGCGCUCUCUGUGGUCCUGGGCCGGUCUGACCUUCAAUCAUGUUUCCAAAAUUUCCACACUGAGCCAAAUUUCAUGGUUCUGUUUGUUGAUGUUGGCCUGGAAAUCCCAAAUCCCUCCAAUCCUCCAUCCAAUCUGUACUACGAGAGACUUCUUCGAAAGUAGUCUCACUUUCUCUCUGUUUUUGGGGUUAGUUUCCCGAUCCAAUCCGGAGUGGAGGAUGUCGGGUUCAGGCACGAGUGGCACGGCCGGUGCGGCGGCCGUGACAGCGGGCGUGACCGGUCCCACGGGUGUGCCCUUAGACGAUGGUGGCUCGGGUUCGGUCAUGUCAGAGAUGAUGGCUUUGUUCACGCCCCCUGGUCGCGAGGCCCGCAAACAGUUCGGCGUGGGCGUGGGCACGGUCGAACUGCAUCCUUACUAUAAGCGCCCCGGGAAAGGACAUAAUCACGAUUCCUGUGACGCUUGUGGUGAAGGUGGAGACCUGAUCUGUUGCGAUAGUUGUCCCGCUUCUUUUCACUUUAGCUGCCACGCCCCACCCUUGGAAGAGAGCGACAUUCCCCUGGGCGAUUGGGUUUGUCUAAGAUGCCACGUACGAGAGACCGAGCGAUUUGAGGCCAUCAAAGCCCAUGGGAAGUCCACGAACCCGGGUGCGCCCGCUCUUCUCGCCAGUGACGCUCAUGAAGAAGCCGGGCCAUCGGUGUCGCCCGCUCCCGCCGCCGCGCCCGCUUCAAGUGGCAUGGCUGGCAAAUUGCGCGGGCGCUCUUCGCGAGGCAACAAGAAGCAAGUGGAAGCGGUCUUGAAGGCCGAAAAAGAGAAGGCGGUCAAGAUCUAUCGACAGAAAUAUGACAAGUACCUCAUCGCCAAGCCCGCCACCAAUAGUAUCUUUGAUAAACUCAUCGCCGCCGCCCAGGUGGUAAAUGCGGAGCAGUUCAAGUUACCCGACGCUCUGGACCCGAAAGAAAAACUGCCCUUCAGUUGGAAAUGGUCGGAAGAACGCCAAGAUGACUAUGACACGUACCCCAAGAAUUGCACUCAAUGCGCCAAGACCAGUCGACAUGUGCCAUCCGUGGGUUGCGAUUUCUGCUCGAAUGUUUAUCAUUUGGAUUGCUUGGACCCUCCUUUGUGCGAAAUCCCCAACGAACGAUGGAUGUGUCCCAUGCACGUGGAACACAUUUUGGAUUCCAAGUUGGUCUCGUCCACGAGUCUAACAGAACGGAUGAAUUUGUGGAACAAGUAUGCCCGUAAACCCGUGGACACGGACACGGUGCGGUUGAAUUUCUUCCGCAAAGUCCGAUCCGGCAAACUUUAUCAAAAGUGUCGCGUCAAGGUCCCGUCGGAUUUCAGAGUCAAGGUUCCUGCCUUUAUCAAGCACCAGUACAAAAACCCAUCCCCGGGACACGCCCUGGGCUCAAUCGAAACUCCCAUAGCUCGGAAGAAAUCCCUUGCCAACAAAGAAUUGGACUCAGAACAAACCGAUUUCCUGACCAAUUUGAUCUCGCUCCAAUCCGGACUUUUGGAAUUGCAAGGCGAGGAACUCCGCCAGGAAAUCCUCGGUCCACAAAAAACCAAGAAGAAAAGUAAGAAAAAGAUCGAGAAGAAGCUCCAGCCUCGCGAAGAUGAAGGCCAUUUAACCCAACAUGCCAAUCCAAUGGAGAUCGACAAAUCCACCGAAAUGUACUCUCUCCCCAAUGGUCUUGAGAAAGGGGCAUCCACCGCCGAUGAAGAAGAUAAUGAGAGCGACGAGACCGCCUCUAAUUGCAGUAUUCCCUUGGACCGUGAGGAUCAGGGAUUGUCCUCGGACCUUCACGAACAACUGAACGCCUACAUGGCCAGGCAAAAAUCUCAAGGUCUCGAAAACCUGUCGCCCGUUGUUCGCGAUUUCCUCGCCCUCCAACGGCUCAAAGAGAUCCUCCCCACUAAAGUGUCCAACCCCGAGCACGAGAUCCAGAUCCGAGCCGCACUCGUGCCCAUUCAUCAUUCUCGAACCCCGGCGUACAUCCGAUAUCGGAACUUCCGGAUCGGUUUCGGAUCCCACAACGACCUGGACCUGUCUUCUUACGGUCAUUGCAACUACAUCUCGGACCAGCACGCCACGAUCUACUUUGAUCAGUUCACUCAGAUCUACGAGAUGAUCAACUACAGUGCCCAUGGGUUGAUUGCAGACAAUAGCAUCUACGCCUUGGAUUUGGGCGCUUGUGGAGGAGGGUCCAUGAAGGCCAAAAGUGCGGGCCAAAAUGAGAAUGAGUUCGUGAUGAGUGCGAAAAACGUAGAAGAUCCGGGUUGCUUUUGCGAUACGAGUAUCGCGUCGAUGAUGUCGGAUCAAGGGGGCAACGAGAAUUCGGCCAUUCUUCACCACGGAUCGUAUCUCCGUUUUGGUUGCUUGGAGUUCGUCUUUAGCGUCAUGAAUCAGCCAGAAAUUAAAAGCGAGCAGAAUGAGACGCGGGAUUGAAUCUUUGAAAGUGAACUGUCUGAUUCGGAAAUAUAUAUAUAUAUAUUUUUUUCU